AUGAUUAGAAUUUUGGCAUCUUAUUAUGAUAAGGUUGAACAAGUUGUUUUGGAAAAUGCUCCUAAAUUUGCUAAGUACACUUCACCUACAAUUCAAAAGGAGAUUUUGCAUGUUAUUGCAAGUAAAGUGCAGAGAAAGAUUUGUGAAGACAUUGGGGAUUCAAAAUUUUGUAUUAUUGUUGAUGAGUCACGUGAUGAGUCAAAGAGAGAGCAAAUGACUCUUGUUUUGAGAUUUGCUGACAAUGAAGGCUUUAUACAAGAACGCUUUUUUGAUCUUUCUCAUGUUAAAGACAUUGCUGCAUUGACUCUGAAGAACGAAAUAUAUGCUAUUCUUUCUCGUCAUUGUCUUGACAUUCAAAAUAUUCAUGGACAAGGAUAUGAUGGUGCUAGCAACAUGUGUGGUGAAUGGAAAGGAUUGCAAGCCUUAGUUCUUAAUGAUUGUCCUUAUACAUACUACGUGUAUUGCUUUGCUCAUCAGUUACAAUUAGCAUUAGUUGCUGCAUCAAGAGAGGAAAUCUCUAUCCAUGAAUUCUUCUUGCAUUUAAAUUUCAUUAUCACUAAAGUUGGUUAUUCAUGUAAACGUAAUGAUGAACUAAGAGCUGCUCAAGUUGCAGAAAUUGCUAGAAUGUUAGCUAUUGAUGAACUUGAAACGAGAGCAAGAGCAAACCAGGUUGGGACUCUAAAACGGGAUGGUGAUUCUUGUUGGGGGUCUCAUUUUAAUUCUAUUUGUAGCCUAAUGAGCAUGUUUGGUCCAACUUGUUUGGUGCUUGAAAAUACAAAGGAAGACGGGUCCACCUACUUGCAACGUGGAGAUGCAAAUGUAGCUCAUAAAAUGAUUAAUUCAUUUGAGUUUAUAUUUAGUUUACAUCUAAUGAAGGAAAUCAUGAGUAUUAUUGAUGUUCUUUGUCAAGCUUUGCAGCAGAAAUCUCUAGACAUCUCAAAUGCCCAAAAUUUAGUUUCAGCAACAAAGACACUCAUCCAAAUUUUAAGAGUAGAUGGCUGGGAUAAUUUUCUUGAGAGUGUCAUAGGAUUCUCCAAAAUAUUUGAAGGUAGAGGUCGUAGGAAAAGGGAUCAUGUUACAGUGGAGCAUCAUUACCAUUUUGAUAUAUUUAAUGCUACAAUAGAUGUUCAAUUGCAAGAGCUUGACAAUAGGCUUGGUGAACAACCAAUAGAACUCUUGACACUUUGCUCAGCUUUGGAUCCAAAGGAUGCUAACAAAUCCUUUAAUGUGAAUGACAUAUGUUGUCUUGUUGAGAAAUAUUAUCCUCUUGAUUUUUCUAAGCGUGAUAGGAUUGGUUUGAAAAUUCAAUUGAAGCUAUUUAAGCAUGAUGUGCAAAAUCAUUUGAAGUUUCAGAAUUUGUCAUCUAUAGCAGAAUUAUGUCGAAGGUUAGUAGAGACAGAAAAGUCAUAG